CCCCUGUUGACGUUUGUGCGCGAGGCAGCGCGAUCCUCCUUAAUUACGCUGGCAGCUGACAUUUGGGAGUGGAAAAUGAGGGGGUCAUGAAGAUUGGUGGGUGGGGAUAACCCUUUUAGAAAGAAAAAAAAAAAGAAAAAGAAAAAAAAAAAAAACCAAAGUGAAUCACGUGUUCCCAGAUCAAAGGAGAUCCGCUUUGUGAAGCUGGAAAGAGGAAAAAAGCAAUCGAGAGAGAGAGGGAGGGAGAAAGAAAGAAAGACCGAAAGGGAGGGGGAGCGAGUGAGCAGCGCUGCCUGAUCGCCGACUGACAAGAUUGCUGUUGCAAUGGAGAACUAAUGAAGUCCAACGCGUGAGCGAGCCCACCUUAACUUUCUCCUUUGGGAUUUUACUGUACUUCCACGCUCUCUGUUCCCCCAUAGAAAGACAAGAAACCCUCCUGGACAGUAUGCCCCGAUCGGCGCCGAUCCUGCCGGCGAGAUGAUGGUGUCUGCGGCGCGGAGGCGAGGGGCGCAGUCGCUGUUGGCGCUGCUGCUACUGGCGGCCGCCGCCGCGGCUCUGGCCAAGGAUACCGCCUUCGUGGAAGUGGUCCUGUUCGAGUCCAGCCCCAGCGGGGAUUACACUACGUACACCACCGGGCUGCAGGGGCGCUUCUCCCGAGCAGGGGCCACCAUCAGUGCGGAAGGAGAGAUUGUACAGAUGCACCCUUUGGGUCUCUGUAACAGCAAUGAUGAAGAGGACCUUUAUGAGUAUGGCUGGGUGGGAGUUGUCAAAUUGGAGCAGCCUGACCUGGACCCAAGUUGUCUAACAGUUCUGGGAAAGGCUAAACGGGCAGUCCAGAGAGGAGCCACGGCAGUCAUCUUUGAUGUCUCUGAGAACCCGGAUGCUAUAGACCAGCUGAACCAGGGAUCCGAAGACCCACUCAAGAGGCCAGUAGUCUAUGUAAAGGGGGCAGAUGCUGUUAAGCUGAUGAAUAUCGUCAACAAGCAAAAGGUAGCCCGAGCUAGGAUUCAGCACCGGCCUCCACGGCAACCCACAGAGUAUUUUGACAUGGGGAUUUUCCUGGCAUUUUUUGUGGUGGUGUCCUUGGUGUGCCUUGUACUUCUCAUCAAGAUAAAACUGAAGCAGCGGAGGAGCCAGAGUUCCUUGAACAGAAUGGCAGUCCAGGCUCUUGAGAAGAUGGAAACAAGAAAGUUUAAAUCCAAGAACAAAGGCUACCGAGAGGGUGGCCCUGCACCUUCGGAUACCCUGAGCAGCAGCUCAACAUCUGACUGUGCUAUCUGCCUGGAGAAGUACAUUGAUGGGGAGGAGCUCCGUGUGAUCCCGUGUGCUCAUCGCUUCCAUAAGAAAUGCGUGGAUCCAUGGUUGCUGCAGCAUCACACAUGUCCACACUGCAGACACAACAUCAUUGAGCAAAAAAAAGGGACCACUGGGCCCAUCUGCAUGGAGACGGGUAAUGCUUCUCUUGGCCGACAGCAGCGCGUCGUGCUUCCUGUUCAUUACCCAGGACGUGUGCACCGAGCCAGCCAGAUGACUGCCUACCCAACCCGUACAAGCAUGGAUCCUCAUGGCAAUCCCAUUACAGUUCUGACUGUGGACCAGCAUGGAGAUCGGAAUCUCUACCCACCUCAAUCUGCUGCCUUUGUUAGGAGUUACCCCCCCAUCCACCUAGACCAUUCUUUGAAUCCUCACCACUGUGGCCUGGAGCACAGGGCGGCUUAUGCCUUGCCACCUAACUUCAGACGGCCCAAGAUUAAUGGACGCAACUUUUCCAGGGCAGCAUGCUUCUCCCAGUAUGAGACAAUGUACCAGCAUUACUUCUUCCAAGGCUUGAGCUACCCACAGCCAGAGGGCCAGGCCAGCAUUGGACCUCACAAAGGUCAAGCCCGAGCUUUUCAGCAAGGCCUCCUCUUCCCAACAGUGGUGCACAUGGCACCUACUGCUUCCUCUCGCCAUGGGGAGAGUGGAAGUUCUUCCAGCUUCAGCUGCUACCAUGGCCACCGGUCAGUUUGUAGUGGCUACCUGGCAGACUGUCCCGGCAGUGACAGCAGCAGCAGUAGUUCUGGUCAGUGCCACUGCUCCUCCAGUGACUCUAUGUUGGACUGCACAGAGGUCAGCAAUCAGGGAGUAUAUGGGAGCUGUUCCACUUUCCGUAGCUCUCUGAGCAGUGACUAUGACCCUUACAUCUACCGGAGCCGGAGCCCCUGCCGGGGGGCAACACUGGAGCCUGGAACUAGCUGUCCACCUGUGUCCCAGGAUGACUCUGCUGCACCCAGUCAUGAGUGCCACAGGCCCCCACCCAGGGCCUCUGUCUUCUCAGGGGACCAGCUGUCUAGCUGUAGCCUGGAACCCAACUACAGCAGUCAUUCUUCAUUAGAACCCAGGGAAACUAGUACCACUACCUCAGAGGGAGCCCUGGAAGGGGCUACACCAGAGCUUGCAAGCUGGGAGAAGGGGGCAGAGGUGAGUGAGCAGGGAGCAGCCUGUAGCUGCUGCUUUGAGAUCCCUCCCACUGCUGCCUUGGAUGGACGAGGAGCUGAGGUGGGUGGCACUCUGUUAGUGGGAGCUGCCCGCUGUGGUCGGGGCCUGGAGCCAAGGACCUCUUUAGGCACCGGCCCUCAGUACUUGUACAGUGUUAACAUGGACCACUUGUGCCGGACAGAGCCAGGGAAUUCUGAAGGGCUGCCCUGCUGCUUCUAUGAGGAGAGAAACGUCCCACGAAGCAAUGGAAAUUUUUACUCGGAGGACUACGCCGUCAGUGUGCAGUACAUGCAGACUGACACAGACGUGCCUGCUCUGCAGGACCAGAGAAUCCCCAUCAUCCCGGAAGACUUAGACUGUGAGCCGGGAGCACCGGCAGUUGGAAGCUUGCUUUCGGCACAAGAGGGGCAUAGUGAACUUUUUGUCCCAGCUGGGCCAUUCCGGAGCCGCCUGCAUCCCCUUCAAGAAGGAGCUAGGGCCUUGUUUCAUGGAAAUGGCCCCUGUUUUCAUGAAGUGACGGUUAAUGGCAACAAGGCAGGGUCAGCAGGACCACCUCACUUGGCGGACAAAGACUGCACAGCUGACCAGAGCCUCUGACUUUUUUAUUUUUAUUUUUUAUUUUUUUUUCUUCUCAAGUUCGGCCAUACGGGAAGCAGC